CUGCCUGCCAGCUUGGACUGGCUUCUUGUUGGCGACCCGAGUGGCAACAUUCUGCCCGCAUAUCUGGCAACUUACGGGCACGUCAAAAUGUCGGUGCCGGCGUGUGUGAUACAAUCUUUAAGUUAGCACCGCGAAUUUAUUUUUAAUAUAUAUAUUUUGUGCUUUUCGGCCAAUCGCGCCUCUUCGCCUCGCCGGAACUGGAGCGCGAAGAUAUUACGAUGCCGUCGCCGAUGGAGGGACCGUCCAGAGAGGGGGACCUCUUUACGGUGAAACACGAGCUGAAGAACGCCAACCUGACGGGCCACGUGGAGAGGGUGGGAAUAGAAAACUUUGAGCUUUUGAAGGUGCUCGGCACUGGAGCGUACGGCAAGGUGUUCCUGGUGAGGAAGGUGAGCGGCCACGACGCCGGCAAGCUGUACGCCAUGAAGGUCCUGAAGAAGGCCACCAUCGUGCAGAAGGCCAAGACGGCGGAGCACACGCGCAGCGAGCGGCAGGUGCUGGAGCACAUCCGCCAGUCGCCGUAUCUGGUCACGCUCCACUACGCCUUCCAGACCGACACCAAGCUGCACCUCAUUCUCGAUUACGUCAACGGCGGCGAGCUCUUCACACACCUGGUGCAGCGGGUGCGCUUCAAGGAGCAGGAAGUGGCGCUGUACAGCGGCGAGAUCGUGCUGGCGCUGGAGCAUCUCAACAAGCUCGGGAUUGUGUACCGCGACUUGAAGCUGGAAAACAUUUUGCUGGAUUCCAACGGUCACAUCGUUCUCACAGACUUUGGCCUCAGUAAAGAAUUUGAUCAGGUGGAUCGAGCCUUUUCCGUGUGCGGAACUAUCGAGUACAUGGCUCCAGAGAUCGUGGAAGGAGGCGAGUCCGGACACGACAAGGCGGUGGACUGGUGGAGUCUGGGCGUUCUGAUGUACGAGCUCCUGACCGGCGGCUCGCCCUUCACCAUAGACGGCGACGAGAACUCGCACACGGACAUCGCCAGGAGGAUUCUAAAAAAAGAUCCUCCUUUCCCCAAAGACAUGGCGCCACUGGCCAAAGACAUCAUCCAGCGACUGCUCACCAAAGACCCCAAGAAGAGGCUCGGCUCGGGACCAAACGGUGUGGAGAAUGUCAAGAAGCAUCCAUUUUACCAGAAGAUCAACUGGGAGGACCUGGCGGCCAAAAAGGUGCCCGCCCCGUUCACACCGGUCAUCCGGGACGAGCUGGAUGUCAGCAACUUUGCAGAGGAGUUCACGGAGAUGGAUCCAACCUACUCGCCCGCUGCUCUGCCUCAGAACUGUGACCGCAUCUUCCAGGGCUACUCUUUCAUGGCCCCCUCCAUCCUGUUCAAGAGGAACGCGGUGAUGGACGACCCCGUGCAGCUGUGCGGCGGCUCCGAGCGGCCCGGCUCGGUCGCGGUGGCCCGGAGCGCAAUGAUGAAGGACUCGCCUUUCUACGCGAGUUACGAGAUGGACUUGAAGGACAGCGCUCUGGGCGAGGGGAGCUUCUCCAUCUGCAGGCGCUGCACGCACAAGAAAACGGGGCAGAAAUAUGCCGUCAAGAUAGUCAGCAAGCGAAUGGAGGCACAGACUCAGCGAGAAAUUGCCGCUCUGAAGCUCUGCGACGGCCACCCAAACAUUGUCAAGUUGCACGAAAUUUUCCACGACCAGCUCCACACAUAUCUGGUCCUGGAGCUGCUCGGCGGAGGAGAGCUGCUGGAGCGCAUCCGCCGGAAGCAGCACUUCAGCGAGACCGAGGCCAGUCGCAUCAUGCGCAAGCUGGUGUCGGCGGUCAGCCACAUGCACGACGUAGGCGUGGUGCAUCGGGAUCUGAAACCGGAGAACCUGCUCUUCACCGAUGAGAGCGAGAGCUCCGAGAUCAAAAUCAUCGACUUUGGGUUCGCCCGCCUCAAGCCGCCGGACAAUCAGCUGCUGAAGACGCCCUGCUUCACUUUGCAGUACGCCGCGCCCGAGAUUCUCAAGUAUGACGGCUACGAUGAAUCAUGCGAUCUGUGGAGUCUGGGCGUCAUUCUGUACACCAUGCUGUCUGGCCAGGUUCCUUUCCAGUGUCAGGAGCAGAGCCUGACCCACACCAGCGCCGAGGAGAUCAUGAAGAAAAUCAAACAGGGAGACUUCUCCUUUGAAGGCGAGGCCUGGAGAAAUGUGUCGCAGCAGGCCAAAGAUCUCAUCCAAGAGCUGCUGACCGUGGACCCGAGCAAGCGGAUCAAGAUGUGCGGCCUCCGCUACAAUGCUUGGCUCCAGGACGACAGCCAGCUGUCUUCCAACCCGCUCAUGACGCCGGACGUCCUGGGCUCAUCCACCGCGUCGGUCCACACUUACGUCAAAGCUACCUUUAACGCGUUCAACAAAUGCAAGCGGGAAGGUUUCCACCUACAGACGGUGGACAAGGCGCCGCUGGCUAAGCGGCGGAAGAUGAAGAAAACCAGCACCAGCACGGAGACGCGCAGCAGCUCCGGCGAGAGCACCCACUCCUCGUCCUCAUCGUCGCAGUCCAGAGAGAAGAACUUUGCCGAGGGAGGCGACGGCGCCCAGCGGCCCGCCGACGGCACGCCGGGCACCACGCCCGCGGGCACGCCCGUCGGAACGGACUCAGAGCAGCAGUGGCCGGCGCCUCCCGCCUUUCGCUUUUCCGACGGGAAGUAACGACCGUCUUUUCUCCUCCUUUUGGUUUUUGCAUGGCAAGCAUGCAGCAAGGAGCGGCAACCUCAAUAUCAAGCAAACCUCCGCUAGCAAUAGCUCGUCGCGCUCUAAAUCCCGGGCCAACACACACACACACACACACUCACUGAAACACACAAAAACACACACAAAAAACUGAAAUACAGUAUACUGAAACACUGAGACACGCACACAUAGAAACACACACACAAACAGACAGAAGAACGAGCAUAGACACAAACACAGACACAUGGAAAAAAACACAAAAUCAAAUAGAAACAGAAACACACAUAGAAACAAACAUACUCAAACACACAGACAUACACAAAAACAUGAGCGCACACCAAAAAACACAAACACACACACAGAAACACAUUCACUGUGUGAAUCUGGGCCUGGACCAAGAAGGAGUUGUCAUGGGGGUAAAACCCCGCAAGGGCUGCCCUCCUGCCCCAGCUCCCGACAUUUGCAGCUUCUAACCACCUCCAUCCCCGUCUUGCGUGUCGGUCCUUGCCUCCCCAGGUCCAAAGGGAAGUGUUUACUGCGAGAGAGGAAAUACGAACGCUCGGCCGCGUCGUCGGGCCACUUCCGCCGUCUUCUGCGAGACGGAGCACGGUAUUUAUACGCCAUUUGUACGCCAGAGUAUUAAUGAUGAGAUGUAUUGUUAACUUAUUUACGGCUCAGAGGAAAGAGCGUGUGAAUACGGUGAGUCUUUAAAAGAAAGCUAUUUUGUGUGCGUGCGUCUAAGCUCGAAAAGAUUUUUCCAAGAUGAGUUUGUAGUCUGUGGCGGAUUCCUUUUUAUAGAGCGCGUCAACGCUAACUGGCGAACUAAGGCCUCUUGAGAGUAAGGUUCGCGUCAUUCACGUGAUUGUCAAAACGGUGUCGCCGGAUCCCAAAAGCUGCACUUAAAAUCAGCCGAAUCGGGCACUAUCUUUGUCCAUUCACUACAAAGGUACGCAUCCUCAGACUGGACGUGGAUUUUUCCAAAAAGAUUUUAAUUGUGGCUACAAAAUACUAAUUUGUGGCCACAACAUGUACAUUGCCUGUAAUCUGCGCACAGAAUACAAAUUUGUGGCCAAAGUUAAAAAUCUAAAUGAUUAAUUUAAUUCCUGGACCAUUGGGUAAGCAAAUUAAGCGCACCUUUUCGAGAAACAGUAAGGUCGAGGACAUUGGCUAUUGCAGUUUCUAGCGAAGGUGCAUUCCAUUUGCUUUCCAAUAUGUCCAAAAUGUCAACUGCAAUGAUAUUUCAACCACAAAUUAAUAUUUUGCACGCAUAUUAUACCUAUUCUGUGGCCAUAGAUUAGCAUAUUGUGGGCACAAUUUAGUAUUUUGUGGCCACGAAUGAUCAUUUUGUGUGCACGUUAUAUCUGUUAUUGUGGCCAUAAGGAACAUUUUUCCACGUCAUGCCUGGGGCUCCGUACUAAAGCGUUGAUGUGUCACACCAUCUCAAGGCAGUUGACGUGUGCUAAAAGUCACAAAGCAGACGACUCAAACAGUCCGUUCACUUCUUUUUGUGCUGAUUUAAAUAAUAAUUGUGCCAUAAAGAUUGCGAAUUGGUCGUGCAUAGGGACUUUAAAACAAGCUGGUUCUCUACACUUUCGAACUCCAUAUCAAAAGGUGGCAGUGUUUUUUUUUAAAUUUUAUUUUAAAUGUAUUUAUUUAUUUUUAAAAUUGAGAAAGUCGGGACAUCUGCACCGAUUCUUCGAAAUGUAGCAUGUCACAUGAGCGUGAGCGAGGUACCGCCGCGAGGCAUCAGUUGUCUACUGAAAAAUAGAAUUUUAAAUGUGAAUUUUAAUGCACGAUAUAAGCACUUACAAUAUCAGCUAUUUUACACCAGUUUGAUGUGGAAAUUGAUUGCGCGCCAACCUUUUCCGCCUAAUACAGCGGAACCUCGAUUUAACGGACUAAUGGGGAGAGAGGUCAUCUGUUAAAAAAAAAAAUCAUUAAAUUGAGCUGCUUUUUCCGUGGCUUAAAAACACCAGUACAGUACAAAAGUAUUGAAAAUAAAUAUAAAAAGGUUUAUCCACGCUUACCUCAUGGAUGCACGAAAGGGGUGUGUUUUUAGUCCCAACUGGACAUUAUUUUCUGUCUGUUAAAUUUGAAGUCCAUUAAAUCGCGGUCUGUUAAAUUGAGGUUCCACUGUACGGCAAGCUUGAGCCAGAUAGCUUAGCAUGAAGACUGAUGGGAAAAAAAGCUAUCCACCUCCUUCAGAGUUGUUCGUGGUGUGAAAAUGUUGAUGGGUUUUGCAGGGUUUCCCACCUGGUCCGGUUUGAAUCUGGUGACAAUUCGUUGAUAAGACGGCACGCUAAACCGAAAACAAAUUUACGUUAAGUCAUCUGUUUAAAUCACCAUCAAGUCAAAGUCGAUUGGUCAGUUUCAAGCUCGCUCAAACGUUUUCUCACCAGAACCGUACUGAAUUUUUUUUCUGGAUCCGUUCUGGGACCAUUAACCACCAACCCGUUUCACACUGGCUGUUUUCCAGCUCGCUGCUGUGCUGUGUGUAAGAUACGGGUGAAGAAUGUUUGGGUGAUUUUAGUCGACCCGCAAACUAUUCUCCGAGUCGUAUCAGUUCUCGCACAUGCUCAGUUCUCGUUUGCGACGGCUUGGGUUUCUCAGAGGCAGAUGCUUGCGCACUGACGCCAAAUCACGAAUUUGAGUGUUUCAGAAGCGAUGCAUGCGACCCGCACUCCGGCCAUCGGGUCCGUCUCGUCGCCGCUUGUGUUCCGUGGACGUGCGCGUGUUCCCCUGCUAUAUUUUGUUUUGGUGGGAGCGCCCCCCCCCCCCCCUCCUCCGCCCCCAUCUUCCAUUCGGAUGCACUCAGUCGGAAAACCAAAGCGCGAUACGACCGCUGAUAAUAACCUCGAGGGAGCUGCUCCGCAAUCUCUCUCGUGCAAUUUAUGCAAAACCGGUGUUUGUUUUGUCCCACUGCGCCAAUCUUUCUCUCUUUGCUUUGAACUAUGCAUUUCCCCUUUUAUGCGUUUUUUUUGUUUGUUUUUUUUUUCUUUUUCGGCCUCGCUUUUGUCCCGCCGUCGAGCCUCGCUGAUCUUUUCGCGCGACUCCAACCAAAGUGCGCACUUGCACCGGGUCCGUCGUCCACAAAGGGAACGGGAAAAGUGGGAACUGUGGGAUCCUUGAAGCAGCAGCGCUACGAAGCUCUCGUCUAACUUAGUACCCCUCCCCCCCACCCUCCAUCCUUUUGUUUGGGUGUAUUAAUAGCUCAAGUGGCGCAAAGAGGAAGAGUGUCCUACAUUGAGCACCCCCCAUCUCCCCACGGUCCCCUCUGGGAGCCAGGCUCUAUUAGAUGAUGUGCACCACUUGUAUUUGUUCAAAAGAAAACAUCAGCCUUUUACAUCAUUCCAUCCGUCCAGCAGCGCGUCCCCAGAAAGAGCCAGUCCAGAAGCUCGGUUCAAAUGAGCCCCUCCACCCUUCAACCCAGCUCCUUUGAUGUAGUCCUUGAAGUAGCCUGAAUGAGCGCCCACAUUUAUUCCACAUGAGGACAUUUCUCGACAUUUCCUGGAUGGACUAAUUGUUGUGAUUUUCCAAAAUAUUUUUCAGACUCCAUGCCAAGCAGACUAAUUGUUUCUGCAGGAAGUUGGUCGAGAGUGACGGUAGACCAAAGUUAAGAUUCGAUUCGCAUCUCGAUUUCUAACCCGUUUACGACAAACAUGAAAUUAUGCAGAAAAAUCAAAGGCCCACAGAUGAUUGGAUGUCGGGGGGGGGGUCACCAAUCACCGUUUUUCUAUUAGUUUAUCUCAUGCUGUUUUUUGACUCAGUGAUACAUUGAUACUCUCAUUUUUUAAAACACUUUCAGUGGAUAUAAAGUCUACACACAAACUGUUCAAAUGGCAGUUUUUUAUGAUGAAAAAAUUAGACCAAGAUGAAUCAGUUCCAAACCUUUAAAAUCUUUGAAUUAUGUCUUUUUAAUCCCAAAAAAAAUCAUCUAGUGUGGAGAUGUAAAAAUAAACAACUGACCGGCUUAAGCGUUAUAAAAUAUUAUUAAUUAUCCAGGCAGUGUUUUAAGUGACAUUUUCAAAAUUCUUGACCAUCACACAAAAAGUGGAACCGCAAGAACCUGUGAUGCAAAAUUGGCUAAAUCUGAUUGUUUGUCUUCAUAAAUAUUGUUGUAGGAAACUUAAAUUAUGGAUGCCAUAUUGCACGGAGCAGCCUGGACAGAUUUGCGCAUACCAAACCGACCAACCAAAUAAUGUGCGUAAUGUGCUCCAUUUCUAAUUUGGAUCACCUUCAACUUUGGAGCUGCAGUGGUGGGCUAGGUAACAAACCACGCUGCGUCAUGUUUCUUAGCUGGUCUUGAACGUACGAGCGGUACCAUUAUGACUCCCACAAUACGGAUCUGCGCCUUUAAUCCAGAUCCUCACCUAAUUUGAAAGCUCGUGGUGGCCCAAGACCUUGUACACCUCGAAUCAAGCUGAGACGCGUCCCAUUUUCCCGUUUUGGCCAGCUCUGGACUUGCAAAAAAAGAAAAAAAGAAAUAAAAAGCUUCAUGAAAAGGACAAUUUGCCCUCGAUCCAUAGCGUGCCAUUUAGAUUUCUUUUCCAAAAAGCUGUGAAAAUCACAAACAUUUCACUCGCCCGCCCGCCGCAAGUAGGGCACCUGUCAGCAUGUGGCGGCUUUUCUUCCCAGCAGCGCCCGCUCCCGGGGGGACGGGGGGAGGGGGGGGGGGCGUCACGUCUAUAAAUAACACCUUGAACUGUCUCGACGUGAAACAAUUUAGCAGGAAACUGGAAACUACAAAAACAAAAGUUAUCAUCACACAUUUCAACAUUUAUAUUCAUUUUAAAAAAUAUUUUGGUUAAACUGAAAAGUACUUGACAUACGUUACAUGAAAUGGUUUGAAGGAAAAAAAUACAAUACAAUGAAGAAAUAUUAAACAAAAAAUUGUACUGUACUUGAUUUCUCCUCCAAAUGAACGUAUUUUAGCGUCACUUAAAAAAAAAAAAGACUUUUGCAAGUAUUUCCCAAAAUUGCGUAACUUAUUAAGAUUUUGUAAACAUUUUGUCAAAAUCCUACUAAGUUCCUCGAGACUCGCAGCUGCUCCAUUUCCCAUUUUGUUCCCUUUCCCACGUCGAUUCCCAAGUGGAAACAAAAUGUACUGUAGCAGUAAAUCCCUUUGAGAUGCCACACUUUGCACUCUGUUGUUUUUUUUAAAAGUUUAUCUGUUAAUUUGCAUCAACAAGAACCUCUGCAAAGAGUUUUUGCUUCUUUCUUUAUUGAACUUGUCGUCCACUGUGAAUCGUUUGAGGCCUUUAGCCGAGUUUGAGGAAGUACAUUAGAUGUCCUUAAACUAAAUUGUCGUUGAUUUGCUCAUUUCGUCAUUUGUAUUUUUUUUGGGGGGGGGUUACCCUGUUUUAAAGAUAAAACUGUACCCAGGCGUGUUGUUUUAGUUUAGUUUAGUUUAACACGUACCCAGGCGUGUUGUUUUUGUUUAGUUUUAGUGAGCGGCCGCCAGAUGGCAGCAAAGCACAUGCAAAAGGAUAUCACGCUAUUUAAGUCCCAAACAUCCUCCCAAAGCGACUGUAUGUUUUUUUUUUGUUAAAAAAAAAGUAACAAAACUACUGUAAUAAUUGUUGACUGAUCAGUUUGUUGUCUGCAGUUGUUUUCUUGCCCCACCGCUCCCGACCAUUGUGUGAUGUGCAAAUAUAUUUCUCUUUAUUUUAGACCUUUAAGGUCCCUGGGAACUAUUUGUUUGUCACGUCACAAUAAAAUGUUCCUUAGUGUUUACUAA